CUACUCUACUCUUCCUCUCUAAGCCCUGGUAACAUCCAAAACCAUCGGAACUCGCACAGCGAAAUCUUCGACUGCUAAGUAGACGAUGAUUUCCGCCGUUUUCUUCUUUGCGUCGCUCGGCUUGAUUGCUGGAUCGAGUUACCCGGUGACCUACCCCGAGAACACUACUACUAAAAGGCCAACCCGUCCCUGGGAAACGAGACCUUGGGAGUACUCAACCAAAGCUUGGAACCGCGGCUUCUCCACUCGGAACAGGAGCUACCCGACUCAUCUCCCGACGCGACAAUGGGAUCCUUACACCAACCAGGGUGGUCAUGAGCAGGGCCAGAUUGUGAGAUUCCCCAACGGUCAGAUCGUUCAGUACGGUCGCAACACAGGAGUGUACGGACCGCAUAUGACGACGCCAGUGAUCCACUAUCAACAGGGCACCGUUCCAACUCAGAGCUGGAAAAAUCUGCCUGAAUGCAAAGUUGAACAGAGCGAACGUUGCUACAGGGAGUGCGAAGAGCGGAAAAUUCACUCCUUCACCUGCCGGCCCCAAUUCGGUGUAGCCUUCACCUGCCUCUGCUCAGUCUCGAUCUACAUUCCGAACGUCGCCGUCUAGGGAGAGAUCCAUCCGAGAACUCCUGCGUGAAUCGACUUUCCCGCCUGCUGGGAGAACCCGAGUCUGUACCGCAAUGCUCCUUUGUAAUAUAUGUACCUAAAGAGAAUUUUCAGCAGCGCUGUCCUAGUCCGUUCUGAAUAAAUCAUGUGAAGCUGGAAAAU